AUGACAGAAUGGCACAACCCGUCAUGCCGCCGCCUAGACGCCUUCAUCAGCGGCGGCAUCUCCAGCUGCCUCAGCUGCGGUUCCGUUCAAGUUGACAUCGAAGAAACAUCACCAAUACACAACAAGCCAGCGACGGACUCUGUCUAUCAACCCCUGAUAUUCCAGACGGACAUUCGGCUCCUCACCCUGGAGCCUGGGGAGUUUGGCGACCCGAUCAGAUGCAGCCUCUCCCUUAGCAGCACGUCUAGCAUGAUAGACUACGAUGCAAUCUCCUAUACCUGGGCGAGAGAGGACGGCAUGAUGGAGUGGACGCAGCGCAUCACCCUCGACUCCCGCCCAUUCUUCGUCACGGCCAACUGCGAGACGGCGCUACGGCGCGUCAGGAGCCGCGGGGCGCUGAGGGUCGUCUGGAUCGACGCCGUCUGUAUGAACCAGCAGGACAUCGAGGAGAGGGGCCACCAGGUACGCCUGAUGCCACAGAUCUACUCCCGAGCGCAGCGCGUCCUGGUCUACGUCGGGGAACCGGUUCCCGAAGAAGAGGCCCUUUUCCGCUUCAUGGAUCAUCCAGAUCCGGGCCUGCCUCGGCUGCCGCUCCAACGGGCGUUGGAGACACUGCUCACGCGGCGGUACUUCUCGCGAGUCUGGAUCCUUCAGGAGGUGGCGCUGGCCAGGCGAGCGACCUUGAUCUGCGGAAAGUUCGAGAUGCCGUGGUCUCAGCUCCAGAUUCCGCGGCUGGCGGAUCUGGGCCUGCUCAUCAAUACCAAGGAGAAACCGCGGCUGUUGAACGUGCUUCAACUGCCGUCCGUCCUCCAAUUCCGAGCGCCGGCCUAUCGGGACUCGAGUGAUUUGCUCCAUCUCCUGGACCUGGCGCGGAACAGUCAUGCGACGGACCCUAGGGACAAGUUGUUCGCCGUGUUCGGUCUCAUCUCCUGCGCGCAGAGUGACGGGAUCGUGGCAGACUACACGAUGUCCACGAGAGAAGCGUACAUGCAGAUGGCGCAGUGGAUUGCUCAGAAAUUUGGGCUUCCUGCGUUGCUGUUGAGGUCCUUCCACGUCGACAAGGUCAGCGAUCAAAUGGCCAAAAAGCAGAACCCCGAGCACAUUUCGAUCCCUUCGUGGACACCAAAUUGGACGCAGAAACCGUCUUCGCGAGUGUUGCCAUUGAUUACGGAGAUGCACGACGAGUCCAUGGCGGGAUUCAACCCAAUCGGCCUUCCAGUAAGUCUCAAGAUGGCUGACAACUCCUUGGAAUCCCCCGCAUUGAAGCUAGGAAAGCUCUGUGACGUAUUGAGCGAAUAUGAUAGUCAGGCAAGAAGGGCAAGUCAUCCAGGUUCAGUCGUUGCAGCUAAGCCAUGGCCAUACACGGUCUUCAACGUGUCACAAGGGCACAAGUCGUGCGAACAGGUGGCAUUUGUUUUCUGGACACAAGAUCUGGAAAACCCCGAGCGGCCUCAGGGUCCCGCAGUCGAACAAUUAUUCGCCAAACUCCCGUACAACGACGUCACGGCAGGCGUUGCAAGUAGGAAAGAAGAGUACCGGGAGCUUCACAUAUAUCUAGUUCCCGAGGCAGACGAGUACAGUGGGUUUUCAUUCGAGGAGCCGGGGAACGUGUCGGUUUGCGUUGACAACUUGUCAUGCACGUGGAUUCACGAUGACCGUGAGGGACGAGAGACUGUCGGUCGAUUUAGCAGAUAUGCAGUCUGUGCCAGGGAUCUGGGUUAUGGGGAUGUCCGCGUCGCAGGGUUGUUGCACAUGGACGGGCUUGUCCAUGAAGGCGUAUGGAAAAGCGGCCAGUUCGAGAAUGUCAGCAUCGUCGGCGAAGACCUCGGCGCGUUUCCAGCGCGGGAUGAGAAGUCCAAGCGCCGCCACAUGUAUUAUUGGGAACUGUCAUCCCAAAGUCGGCGGAUGCAGGAACUGGAACAAAUGGCCCCUAGGUCGCAUGAUUCGUCUGAGGCACCCAGCGGGUAG